AUGGACGACCAUUAUCGUUCAAAUGGUGUACAACCUCAGAACAACUACGGCACACCUGGCUCGAUGCAUACGUUACCUCCUCUGAACGGCUCCAAUCAAUACCCGCCCAUGUACGGCCAGCAGGGUCCUGGCAGUAACCCUCAGACUCCAUUGCCUCCACAUACCACGGGCUCAUCGGCUGGCUCAAUACCGUCAAUGUCUGCGCAUCCGCCAUUGAGACCGCUGCAGCCUUCAAUCGGCUCCAUGACUUAUCCGCCAUAUUCCUCUGCACAGUCAAGCCCAUAUCCCACAUCCACUGCGCCAGGUCAACAGAUUGCACCUGCACCCAUGUCCGGUGGUCCUAUGCAAGAGCUGCGACCCAUGCCUCCGAAUCAAUUGGCAAUGCCGCACUAUGGAGGGCAUGCGCUCAUGUCGCAACAGCAGCACAUGGGUAAUCAACAAGAUCAAGAGCCAAUUCACGUGGUUGGCCAGCAAGGUCGUCGCGGUGUUCUGCCCACUGUACCUGGCAGGACCCCACCAUCAGCUGGAAAGCCGGCGACCAACCCCACCAAAAACGCUGACAACAAGUUCGAAUGCCCCCAUUGCAACAAGACAUAUCUGCAUCUCAAGCACCUGAAGCGUCAUCUGCUGCGCCACACUGGCGAACGGCCCUAUCAAUGCCAUCUUUGCAAAGAUACCUUUUCGCGGAGUGAUAUUCUCAAGCGUCAUUUCCAAAAAUGCUCGAUACGCAGGGGCAAUCCGACUGGUGCAAACCACCUGGCCCAUUCGCAAUCGCACCUCAGAAGAAACAGACCGUCCGGCACUUCGGGUGAACAGAACUUUGUUCCGGGGAUGCCCAACAUGCCUUUCACGAGUGCCGGGUAUGGUAACUCUGUUCCUGGCAUGGCGCCGAUUGCAAAUGGCCAGCCUGGGUACAACGGCAUGGAUUCACUUUCUGCUCGCACGUCCAGGUCAAACAGCCUGAUCCGUCCGACCGACAGCUUGAAUGACACUAGGCGCAACAUGCCAGGUAUGGAGAUGAGCAACUCGCGGGGUCAUUAUGAUGACUUUCGUGGAGCCGGAGCUAUGGGAAGUAACAUGGGCCAUCCGUCUUCAGGGUACGCUACUCCUCAAUCGUCUACCCAAGUACAUCAACCUUAUGGUCUGAACCAGAAACCAAGCAGUGCCGAGCUUCGCGGCGUGGCAGUAAAGAGCGAGAGCUCAUCACCCGCCCACUACAAUCGCAACCAGCCGUCACGAUUCAAUGCUCCGGGGCCCCAACAGCCAUGGUCCCAAUAUCAUGGCGAGGGAUCAGACAACCACUAUCAGCCAAACGUCACUUCUGCGCCACCUGGGUUGAAAGUCGAAUCGAACCAAUCUCACUCAUAUGCAGAGGGUGAUUACGGAACUCCUUCGAAUGAAGGGCUCUUCAACACCCUCUAUCCCGGUUCAUCGUCCUUUAACGAACCACCGGCAAUGAAUGACAAUUGGUUGUUUGCGUCCGAUCCUUUACCAAACAAAGUGGAAUCGCUAAUCUCUCUUUGUUACCCAGAUACCAAUAACUUACCCCAAGAUGAUGUGCUAGGGCGACAGAGGCUAAAAGAGCUGUUCACUGUCGAAAAUGUCAAGCAUUUUAUUCAACAUUCCAUCAACUACCACACUCACUGGCCGAUGAUUCAUCUCCCAACCUACGAUCCAGCACGGUCGAGCGAUCGACUCGUCCUUUCCAUUAUUACGCUCGGCUCCGCCUGGUCUGAUCGCCUCAGUCAUCCCGAAGUACGGUGGCUCAUGGAUGUCAUCCGAUGUGCCAUAUACCGUUCCUCGCCAGUCAUACAGCUUCUCAACAACUCACAAUCCUCUCCUCGCGGUAGCGAUAUCGAUCUCGAAGAACUUCAAGCUCUGGUCAUUCUGAAUUCUCUAUUCAUCUGGCAUGGCGACGUACACCAACGAAAGCUUGGGCGCGAAGAAGUGCCCACCCUACGGCGCAUCGCACAGCAGAUGGAUCUAUUCAGUGUCUUUGGUGUCAAGGAUUCUCGGCACAGUGCUCUUCAUCGCCGUCACAGCUUGAACGAUCCUCCACUCUCGCCUUGGUCGUGGGACACCUGGCUCGCACAAGAAAAGAGGAUCAGGACGCUGUAUCUGAUAUUUCUCAUCGACGCUGCGAUGGUGAUCUUCUUCAACGCAAAGGCAUCCUUUGACAUAUUCGAGCUUCGGGUCCCGUUGCCCGCGGAUGAUGCCGCAUGGGAUGCACAAAACGCCACCGAAUGUGCCGACGCGCUCGGCAUUCAUGGGCCUGCUGCGCAAGCCAGGAAUGUCACAGGCUCGAGAAGAAAGCAACAAGUGUACUUGCAUGACGCGUUGAUGCUGCUACUACAAAACACGUACGAUUUCGUGCCAAACACUACCAACGCCUACGGCAAGUUUAUACUCAUACAUGGCCUGCACAACCAUCUGAAUAAUAUUCAACGGCAAGAACAGAAUGGAAAGUUAUCAUACAGUUUGCCUGCCAGUGGCGCCAGUACGCCCAUGUCUCAACGAGAUUGGGUUGCAUCGGAUGGCCAGCCCAGCACUUCCGGACGUGGUACCAGUAGCCCUGCAACACCAGUGGAUGGCCCAACCACCCUUCAUCUCUCUGCGAACCCUCACCUUAAGACGAUGCAUAUGGCCCUGGAGAAGUGGAAGAUGACCUGGGAUUCGGAUAUAGUCCGACAAUAUCCGCCGAAUAAAGAUAUUCACCGUGUUGGCUUUUGCCGCGACGCUGUACCGUUCUACUAUCUCGCAUCAAUCUUCCUCAGAGUUCGAGCCGAACACUGGCACGUGCCAGCGGAUGAGCAGUUCGCCCACGCCUUUGCAAUGCUCAAGCAGGCUGGGAAGUUUCAAGAUGCGCACGGAGGAUCUGUUGCAAGCAUGGACGAUAGGUACGGCAUGGAUGCCUUGACGCAAAACGUCAGCAUGUUAUUCUCUCGCGUCAGCCAGUCGGAGCAGACUCUUCCCUCGAUCGCAAACAGCUUGCACCCUCGCAUGAUGUAAAGUCUCUUCAUGUCUACGAACAUA